CUACCAUUUGCCCCUAUAAAAACGAACCCUAAUAACCUGCUCUGCCUCCCCUUGCGGUGUGGAUCUCGAUUGAAGCGAACCCUUUUCUUCGUUUUACUUCACAAUUAUCAUCAAUCAUGUCUUGCUUCGAUAGUAAAUACGCCGAUGAGCUCAUUAAAAAUGCUGCGUACAUUGGAACCCCUGGGAAGGGCAUCCUUGCUGCUGAUGAGUCAACUGGUACAAUUGGCAAGCGUCUUUCCAGCAUCAAUGUUGAGAAUGUUGAAUCGAACAGGCGGGCACUUCGCGAGCUCCUCUUCUGCACCCCCGGAGCCCUUCAGUACCUUAGUGGAGUAAUCCUCUUUGAGGAAACCCUCUACCAGAAGACUGCUGACGGCAAGCCCUUUGUUGAUGUAUUGAAGGAGGGUGGAGUCCUCCCUGGUAUUAAGGUUGACAAGGGUACUGUUGAGCUUCGUGGUACCAAUGGUGAGACAACAACUCAGGGUCUCGAUGGCCUUGGCCAACGCUGCGCAAAGUAUUAUGAAGCAGGUGCUCGUUUUGCCAAAUGGCGUGCUGUCCUCAAGAUUGGCCCUAAUGAGCCUUCUGAGUUGGCUAUCCAUGAAAAUGCUUAUGGUUUGGCCAGAUACGCCGCCAUCUGCCAGGAAAAUGGCCUUGUCCCAAUCGUUGAGCCUGAGAUCCUUGUUGAUGGAUCCCAUGACAUCAACAAAUGUGCAGCAGUUACCGAGCGCGUUCUUGCCGCAUGCUACAAGGCUCUUAACGACCAUCAUGUCUUGCUUGAGGGCACUCUGUUGAAGCCAAACAUGGUGACUCCUGGAUCUGAUGCCCCAAAGACUACCCCAGAUGUGAUUGCCGAGCACACUGUCCGUGCCCUACAACGCACAGUCCCUGCAGCAGUUCCAGCCAUUGUUUUCCUGUCUGGUGGGCAGAGUGAGGAAGAGGCGACCCUCAACCUCAAUGCCAUGAACAAGCUCAAGACAAAGAAGCCAUGGUCUCUUUCCUUCUCGUUCGGACGUGCCCUUCAGCAGAGCACCCUCAAGGCUUGGGCAGGAAAGGAGGAGAAUGUGGAAAAGGCCAGGGCUGCCUUCCUGACAAGGUGCAAGGCUAACUCAGAGGCUACUCUAGGAACCUACAAGGGUGACGCCAAGCUUGGUGAGGGUGCCUCCGAGAGCCUCCAUGUCAAGGACUACAAGUACUAAAAAGGUGUCAUUCUAUAUCAUUUCCAUUGAAAUUCAGGAUGAAGACUAGAUUAGGUUAGUAAGGUUGAGGUGCAUUUCAUAAUAAUGGCAAGAUUGAUUCUGUUUUCGGGAUUAUUAAAAGUACUUGAGUUUAUCAGACUGUUUGGUGUCCGUUAUUUUCUUAGUUCUUAUUUUUCAGGUUAUCC